GGCGGGGGCGGGCGGCGGCGCCGAGGGGAGGAGACCAGCCCAUGGACCCGCGGGGCCCGGCGCCCCAGACGCUGCGCCGCCGGGACCGAGCCCAAGAUGUCGGCCUAGGCCGGGGCGCGACGACGCGGACGGGGCAGCGACGAGGGGCCGCGGCUGCCGAGGCUUGCGGCCGCCGGGACGCUGAGGGCUCGCCCUGACGGACUGGCCGAGCGGGCGGCGAGAGGCCGGCGCGUUGGGAGCGGGCCGCGCGGCACCAUGUCGGCCAAGGUGCGGCUCAAGAAGCUGGAGCAGCUGCUCCUGGACGGACCCUGGCGCAACGAGAGCGCCCUGAGCGUGGAGACGCUGCUCGACGUGCUCGUCUGCCUGUACACCGAGUGUAGCCACUCGGCCCUGCGCCGCGACAAGUAUGUGGCCGAGUUCCUCGAGUGGGCUAAACCAUUUACACAACUGGUGAAGGAAAUGCAACUUCAUCGAGAAGACUUCGAAAUAAUUAAAGUAAUCGGAAGAGGUGCUUUUGGUGAGGUUGCUGUUGUCAAAAUGAAGAACACUGAACGCAUAUAUGCCAUGAAAAUCCUCAACAAGUGGGAGAUGCUUAAAAGAGCAGAGACGGCUUGUUUCCGGGAAGAACGCGACGUGCUGGUGAAUGGGGACUGUCAGUGGAUCACCACGCUGCACUAUGCCUUUCAGGAUGAAAAUUACCUGUACUUAGUCAUGGAUUAUUACGUGGGUGGUGAUUUACUGACCCUGCUCAGUAAAUUUGAGGACAAGCUUCCAGAAGAUAUGGCAAGAUUCUACAUUGGUGAAAUGGUGUUGGCUAUCGAUUCCAUCCAUCAGCUUCAUUACGUGCACAGAGACAUUAAACCUGACAAUGUCCUUUUGGAUGUGAAUGGUCAUAUCCGCCUGGCUGACUUUGGAUCGUGUUUGAAGAUGAAUGAUGAUGGAACUGUGCAGUCCUCUGUGGCCGUGGGCACCCCUGACUACAUCUCCCCAGAGAUCCUGCAGGCGAUGGAGGACGGCAUGGGCAAGUACGGCCCCGAGUGCGACUGGUGGUCUCUAGGUGUCUGCAUGUACGAGAUGCUUUAUGGAGAAACACCGUUUUAUGCAGAAUCCCUUGUGGAGACAUAUGGAAAGAUCAUGAACCAUGAAGAGCGGUUUCAGUUCCCAUCCCACGUCACGGACGUGUCCGAGGAGGCGAAAGACCUCAUCCAAAGGCUGAUCUGCAGCAGGGAGCGCCGGCUGGGACAGAACGGGGUGGAGGACUUCAAGAAGCACGCGUUUUUCCAAGGACUGAACUGGGAAAAUAUACGAAACCUGGAAGCCCCUUACAUCCCAGAUGUGAGCAGUCCUUCCGACACGUCCAACUUCGACGUGGAUGACGACGUGCUGAGGAACGCUGAAAUAUUACCUCCGGGUUCUCACACGGGCUUUUCUGGAUUACAUUUGCCAUUCAUCGGUUUUACGUUCACCACGGAAAGCUGUUUUUCUGACCGGGGCGCUCUGAAGAGCAUAAUGCAGUCCAGCGCGCUGACCAAAGACGAGGGCGUGCAGCGGGAUUUGGAGAACAGCCUGCAGGUUGAAGCCUAUGAGAGGAGGAUCCGGAGGCUGGAGCAGGAGAGGCUGGAGCUGAGCAGGAAGCUGCAGGAGUCCACCCAGACCGUCCAGUCCCUCCACGGCUCGGCCCGGGCCCUGGGCAGCUCAGCCCGGGAUAAAGAGAUCAAAAAGCUGAACGAAGAAAUCGAACGUUUGAAGAACAAAAUAGCAGAUUCAAAUAGGCUCGAGCGACAGCUUGAGGACACGGUGACUCUUCGCCAGGAGCACGAGGAUUCCACGCAUCGACUGAAAGGCCUGGAGAAGCAGUACCGCCUGGUGCGGCAGGAAAAGGAGGAUUUCCACAAGCAACUGAUUGAGGCCUCCGAGCGGUUGAAGUCCCAGGCCCGGGAACUGAAAGACGCCCACCAGCAGCGGAAGCUGGCCCUGCAGGAGUUUUCAGAGCUCAACGAGCGCAUGGCCGAGCUCCGGUCCCAGAAGCAGAAGGUGUCCCGGCAGCUGCGGGACCGGGAGGAGGAGGUGGAGGCGGCUGUGCAGAAGAUGGACGCGCUGAGGCAGGAGGUCCGCAGGGCCGACAAGAGCAGGAAGGAGCUGGAAGCUCAGCUCGAGGACGCGGUGGCCGAGGCCUCCAAGGAGCGCAAGCUGCGUGAGCACAGCGAGAACCUCUCCAAGCAAAUAGAAAGUGAGCUCGCAGCCCUCAAGAUGAAGCAAGGAGGCCGUGGGCCAGGUGCUGCCUUAGAACAUCAACAGGAGAUUUCCAAGAUAAAAUCUGAGCUUGAGAAGAAAGUCCUAUUUUAUGAAGAGGAAUUGGUGAGACGUGAGGCCUCCCACGUGCUGGAGGUGAAGAAUGUGAAGAAAGAGGUGCACGACUCUGAAAGCCAGCAGCUGGCCCUGCAGAAGGAGGUCCUGGUGCUGAAGGACAAGUUAGAGAAGUCCAAACGUGAGCGGCACAGUGAGAUGGAGGAGGCCGUGGGCACAGUCAAAGACAAGUACGAACGAGAAAGGGGGAUGCUGCUUGAGGAAAACAAGAAAUUAACUGCUGAAAACGAAAAGCUUUGUUCCUUUGUGGAUAAACUCACAGCUCAGAACAGACAGCUGGAGGACGAACUGCAGGAUCUGGCAGCCAAGAAGGAGUCGGUCGCCCACUGGGAAGCCCAGAUCGCGGAAAUCAUUCAGUGGGUCAGCGAUGAGAAGGAUGCCCGGGGCUAUCUUCAGGCCCUGGCUUCGAAGAUGACCGAAGAGCUUGAGGCGCUGAGGAGCUCCAGCCUGGGGUCAAGGACACUGGAUCCCCUUUGGAAAGUUCGCCGUAGUCAGAAGCUGGACAUGUCUGCACGCCUGGAACUGCAGUCAGCUCUAGAGGCGGAGAUCCGGGCCAAACAGCUCGUCCAGGAGGAGCUGAGGAAGGUCAAGGACAUGAAUCUCUCCUUUGAAAGCAAACUAAAGGAUUCCGAAGCCAAGAAUAGAGAAUUAGUAGAAGAAAUGGAAAUUUUGAAGAAGAAGAUGGAAGAAAAGUUUAGAGCAGAUACUGGACUCAAACUUCCAGAUUUUCAGGAUUCUAUUUUUGAGUACUUCAACACUGCACCUCUUGCGCAUGAUCUGACGUUUAGAACCAGCUCAACUAGUGAGCAAGAAACACAAGCUCCAAAGCCAGAGGCACCCCCACCAGUCUCUGUGGCCACAAGCACAGAACAGCAGGAGGAUGUGGCUCGGGCCCCUCAGAGGCCACCCACCGUGCCGCUGCCCACCGCACAGACCCUCGCUCUGGCAGGACCAAAGCCGAAAGCGCACCAGUUCAGCAUCAAGUCCUUCUCCAGCCCCACACAGUGCAGCCACUGCACCUCCCUGAUGGUGGGGCUGAUCCGCCAGGGCUACGCCUGCGAGGUGUGCUCGUUUGCCUGCCACGUGUCUUGCAAGGACAGCGCUCCCCAGGUGUGCCCCAUACCCGCCGAGCAGUCCAAGCGGCCUCUUGGUGUGGAUGUGCAGAGAGGCAUAGGAACGGCCUACAAGGGCUACGUAAAGGUCCCCAAGCCGACCGGGGUGAAGAAGGGGUGGCAGCGGGCCUACGCAGUGGUCUGUGACUGCAAGCUCUUUCUGUACGAUCUCCCCGAGGGCAAGUCCACCCAGCCUGGUGUCGUGGCCAGCCAAGUCCUAGACCUCAGAGAUGAAGAGUUCUCUGUGAGCUCAGUCCUGGCUUCAGACGUCAUACACGCUUCACGCCGAGAUAUUCCAUGUAUAUUCAGGGUGACGGCCUCUCUCUUAGGUACACCUUCUAAGACCAGCUCGCUGCUCAUUCUGACGGAAAAUGAGAAUGAAAAGAGGAAGUGGGUGGGGAUCCUGGAAGGCCUGCAGGCCAUCCUCCACAAGAACCGCCUGAGGAACCUGGUGGUGCACGUGCCACAGGAGGCCUACGACAGCUCGCUGCCCCUCAUCAAGGCCGUCCUCACGGCCGCCAUCCUGGACGGGGACAGGAUCGCCAUCGGCCUCGAGGAAGGGCUCUACGUCGUAGAGGUGACCCGGGACGUGAUCGUCCGUGUGGCCGACUAUAAGAAAGUGUACCAGAUCGAGCUUGCCCCCAGAGAGAGAGCCGCCGUCCUCCUCUGCGGCCGGAGCCACCACGUCCACCUGUGCCCGUGGUCCUCCUUCGACGGCGCGGAGAGCAGCGUGGACAUCAAGCUUCCGGAGACAAAAGGCUGCCAGCUCAUGGCGACCGGGACGCUGAAGAAGAGCGGCCCCACCUGCCUGUUCGUGGCGGUGAAGCGGCUGGUCCUUUGCUAUGAGAUCCAGAGAACUAAGCCUUUCCACAGGAAGUUCAGCGAGCUUGUGGCUCCUGGCAAUGUACAGUGGAUGGCCGUGGUCAAGGACAAGCUCUGUGUUGGCUACCCUUCCGGGUUCUCUCUGUUGAGCACCCAGGGAGAUGGGCAGGCUCUAACCCUGGUAAAUCCCAAUGACCCCUCGCUUGCGUUCCUCUCACAGCAGUCUUUUGAUGCCCUUUGUGCUGUGGAGCUCAAAAGUGAGGAGUACCUGCUUUGCUUCAGCCACAUGGGACUGUACGUGGACCCACAAGGUCGGAGGUCACGCACGCAGGAGCUCAUGUGGCCUGCGGCGCCCGUUGCCUGUAGUUGCAGCCCCGCGCACGUCACGGUCUACAGCGAGUAUGGCGUGGAUGUCUUCGACGUUCGCACCAUGGAGUGGGUCCAGACGGUCGGCCUGCGCAGGAUCCGGCCACUGAACUCAGAGGGCAGCCUCAACCUCCUCAAUUGCGAACCUCCCCGCCUGAUCUACUUCAAGAGCAAGUUCUCCGGGGCGGCUCUCAACGUGCCCGACACCUCUGACAACAGCAGGAAGCAGAUGCUGCGGACCAGAAGCAAAAGGCGGUUUGUGUUCAAGGUGCCGGAGGAGGAGAGGCUGCAGCAGCGGCGAGAGAUGCUCAGAGACCCAGAGCUGAGAUCCAAGAUGAUCUCCAACCCCACCAACUUCAACCACGUGGCCCACAUGGGCCCAGGCGACGGGAUGCAGGUGCUCAUGGACCUGCCUCUGAGCGCCGUGCCCCCCUCCCAGGAGGAGAGGCCUGGCCCUGCUCCCGCCAGCCUGUCCCGCCAGCCUCCGCCCAGGAACAAGCCCUACAUCUCGUGGCCCUCAUCAGGUGGAUCUGAGCCCGGUGUGGCUAUGCCUCUAAGGAGUAUGUCUGAUCCCGACCAGGACUUUGACAAAGAGCCUGAUUCGGAUUCCACCAAACACUCGCUCCAUCGAACAGCUCCAACCCCAGCGGCCCACCAAGCCCCAACUCCCCCCACAGGAGCCAGCUCCCCCUUGAAGGCCUGGAGCAGCCGUCCUGCGAUGCCUGAAGCUGCCGGCUCAGCGCAACAGGGCCGGGGGGCCCAGGUGGCCUCCAGUGUCAGUGCCAAGACUGAGCUGACCCUCCAGUGUUGUCCAAGGAAAUGUAGAAUCGAUUUGUAGAUACGGAGAUGAAGAAAAUACUUUAUUAUAAUAAUGAUUGGUUUUAUGCCGCACCGAGGCGGUAGGCCAGAUCUGCUCAUCUGCACAGCUGUUCCGUUUGCACACGAAGGACCGCCUGCGGCCCCUCCUGCCCAGAACCAGCUGAGGCAGCGCUGGGGGCCUGUGACGCCAGCCUCCUGCAGACCCCAGUGGCGCCCGGGGGGCUCUGCAGCAAGCGGGCAGCUUGGGACGGCCUCGGUGCCGCGUCUGUUCCCUGUUCCCUAGGACCUUAGGAGAAUAGUUGGAAGUUGUAUAUCAUUCCCAGUGUCCUUAGAGUUUUGAAGACAGAGGAAAGUGGAGCUUAGUUUGUGGCCUUUUUAUUCAUUUAGCCGAUUACAUAGUCAGAUGCAGAAGCCCUUCUGCCGGCCUCGUAGCCACGGACAGAGGCCCAUCCGUGUGAAGCCUGCCCUGUCCUGGUCCCCCGUGUCAGUCCGUUUCUGGUCACAACCACGAAGUGUCACCCGUAUCUACUACUGUGAAGUCAGCUGUGCUCCGUUUCCCGCUCGCUUCUACAGCUCUGCCUCCUGCUGGAAAACCAGUGAGUGUCGUGCAGCCGGGCCCCGAGGCCCGCGGGCCGAGAGGAGGCCAGAGCCCCGGGGAGCCCCCGGCAGGCGCCAGGACCCCCACCCCGCAUGGAGCCCCGUGAUUAGCGCCCUUGCGGAUCGUGCAGACUCACCGCCACACUCCGCCCGGUGGGCCGGCCCGCGGCGCCCGCGUGUAUCUGCCUGCCUGCCCCCUGGCCUUGUGAGUAUCAGGCAGCCUCCCGUCUCUGUAAAGGCGUGCGAUUAACUCGCCCCGCUGGGCUUCGCCCCGUUCUCCCGCCGGUCGACGUUCUUGGCAACGCUGUUGAAGACGUGCACUUACCUUGAGUCGGCACUGAGUGACCUGGGCACCGUGGCCUGCCUGUGCGUGUCACACGCCCAGGACCCACCUGCCCGCCCCCUGGGCCUUCUGCUGGGGCUGGCACCUGCUGGGGGUUCUGGUUUUUACUUUUCUAAUGUAAGUCUGAGUCUUUGUAAUUAUUGAAUCGUGAGAACAUUUUUGAACAAUUACCUGUCAAUAAAGCAGAAGACGGCA